CUACAAAAUUCCCAUUAAAACAGAAAUUAAUUCCAGCUGUACUUAUUAUUAUUAUUAUCUGAAAGACAAAUCAUAAAAAACAUCGAAAAUAAUACAUAUAUAGAAAUCUCAGACCUAAAGAAAAACCCAGAAAAAAGUGAAGAUAACCCAAAAAGGAAGAUCCAAUCCCACAUUUUCUCGGGUAAAGGAAAAAGAAACCUGGGUCUCUCAGUGCCUGGUUAUCGUAAGAAUCAAGAUUCUGCUCUUUCAGGGUUUUGAUUAGGAAAAAAUGAGCAAAACAAAGAUGAGACCAGCAGUGGAGAAUGGCGAGACAGGCGAGGACUCUGUUAUCAGUACUAUGGUCAGUAAUGGGGAGGAUUUGGGACCUAUGGUCCGACUUGCUUUUGAGACGGGGAAGCCUGAAGCCCUUACGCAACAGCUUAAGAUUGUAGUGAAAAAGAAAGAAGUUGAAAUUGAGGAACUUUGCAAGCUCCAUUAUGAGGAUUUUAUACUUGCUGUCGAUGAGCUUCGUGGUGUCUUAGUUGAUGCGGAAGAGCUAAAAAGUGAGCUUGCGAGCGAGAAUUUUAGGUUACAAGAGGUUGGGAGCGCUCUACUUUUGAAACUCGAAGAACUUCUUGAAUCUUAUAUGAUUAAGAAGAAUGUUACUGAAGCCAUUAAGAUGUUAAAGAAUUGUGUUCUUGCCUUGGAUCUUUGUAUGAAGUGUAAUAACCACAUUUCAGAAGGUCGGUUUUACCCGGCUUUAAAAGCUGUUGAUCAGAUUGAGAAAACUUAUUUGCAGAAUAUUCCUGUCAAGGCAUUCAAGAUGCUUAUUGAGAAGAGAAUACCGUUGAUAAAGUCACACGUUGAGAAGAAGGUAUGCAGCGAAGUUAAUGAAUGGCUAGUUCACAUAAGGAGCAGUGCUAAGGAUAUUGGGCAAACUGCUAUAGGAUAUGCUGCAUCUGCUCGUCAGAGGGAUGAGGAUAUGUUGGCUCGUCAAAGGAAAGCAGAGGAACAAAGUUGUUUGGGUUUAGGUGAUUUCACUUAUACCUUAGAUGUUGAAGAAAUUGAUGAGAAUUCUGUUCUAAAAUUUGACCUCACUCCUCUUUAUCGGGCAUAUCACAUUCACACUUGUCUUGGAAUUCAAGAGCAGUUUCGUGACUAUUAUUACAAAAACCGGUUUCUGCAGCUGAAGUCAGAUUUGCAAAUAUCCUCUGCACAACCGUUCCUUGAAUCUCAUCAGACAUUUUUGGCACUAAUUACUGGUUAUUUUAUUGUUGAAGACAGGGUCUUAAGGACUGCCAAUGGACUGCUCUCACCAAAUCAACUUGAGACAAUGUGGGAAACAGCUGCUGCUAAAAUAACUUCAAUCUUGGAGGAACAAUUUUCGCAUAUGGAUACAGCGAACCAUCUCCUCCUGGUGAAGGAUUACGUCACUCUUCUUGGGGCAACCCUUAGAAAGUACGGAUAUGAAGUGGGCUCAAUUCUCAAGACUUUGAACAGUAGUCGUGAUAAAUAUCAUGAGCUUCUUUUAGCAGAGUGUCAGCAACAGAUAACUGAUGUCCUUGCCAGUGACACACAUGAGCAGAUGGUCAUCAAAAAGGAGUCGGACUACCACACAAAUGUUCUUAUAUUCCAUCUUCAAACAUCAGAUAUAAUGCCCGCUUUCCCAUACAUUGCCCCAUUCUCUAUUAUGGUACCUGAAUGCUGUCGGAUUGUUCGAUCAUUUAUCAAGGACUCCGUUAAUUACUUGUCUUAUGGGGUGCAGAUGAACUUCUUUGAUAUCGUGAGGAAGUACCUGGACAAACUCUUGAUUGAUAUCUUAAAUGAAGUCAUGCUUAAUAAUAUGCAUAGUGGUACCAUUGGUGUCUCUCAAGCAAUGCAGAUUGCUGCCAACAUAGCUGUUUUGGAAAGGGCAUGUGAUUAUUUUCUUCAGCAUGCUGCCCAACAAUGUGGUAUUCCUGCCAGAUCAGUUGACAGUCGUCAAGUUAGCUUAACCGCCAAGAUUGUAUUUAAAACUUCAAGGGAUGCUGCUUAUCUUGCUCUACUGAGUCUUGUAAACUCCAAGUUAGAUGAGUUUAUGUCACUCACAGAAAAUGUAAAUUGGACUUCUGACGAUGUACCCCAGCAUGCGAAUGAGUACGUGAAUGAGGUUGUUUUCUAUCUUGACACCCUUAUAUCCACUGCACAACAAAUUUUGCCCUUGGAUGCUUUAUAUAAAGUUGGGAUUGGCGCUUUUGAGCAUAUCUCAAACUCUAUUCUGGGAGCUUUUCUAAGUGAUAGCGUAAAGAGAUUUAACACAAAUGCAGUCAUGAGCAUCGACCAUGAUCUAAAGGUGUUGGAAUCUUUUGGUGAUGAGAAGUUUCACAAUACUGGAUUGCAUGAGAUAUACAGUGAAGGGAGCUUCCUAGGUUGCUUGAUAGAAGCCAGACAAUUGGUAAACCUUCUCUUGAGCAGUCAGCCUGAAAACUUCAUGAAUCCUGUGAUAAGAGAGAAGAACUACAAUUGCUUGGAUUAUAAAAAGGUUGCUACUAUAUGUGACAAGUUCAAGGAUUCACCUGAUGGACUUUUUGGAAGCCUUUCAAGAGGGAACACAAAGCAAAGCGUCCGAAAGAAGUCCGUGGACGUGCUAAAGAAAAGACUGCGGGAUUUCAACUAAGAGAGCUUGGAAAUUUUUAUGGCAUAGAAGUAACUAGAGUUUUCUAUUAAUUUUUCCAAGAUUAUGUGGAUUCAUUCUCUCUGAAAGUCUUUUUUCCUAAUAAAUAGUUUGGAAUGGACUUCAAUUUUUAUCUUCGAUCCUUCUCUUAAUAAAUUGGCACACUCUGUUCCUCUCUCUGAUAUUACAAUCUGGACAUACGAGUUAGGUGUUGUUGUGAGCAUUCGGUUUAGACAUUUCAGUUUGGCACUGGAAUUUAUUUGCAAGCAAGAUGACUGACCUCUGACCACAGAGAAGAUGCUCUGGAAUCUCAAACAGUUGUAUUUCUCUAUUAAUCAUCCUUUGCCAUCUCUA